AUGGCCACCUUAUGUGCCUGCUCUCCAAAGACCACUUCCUUGCAGCUGAAACUGGCCAAUUGUUCUUCCAUUACGGAGACAAUUCUAAAUGAUGAGGACAGGAGACGAAUAGAAGAGAUUAAGAGAGAGUUAAUAGAGGGGGCAAAGGAGUCACAGCUGGGACAGAAUCCAUGCCGUGCCAAUGCUGACAGGAUGUCUGACCACUGGAGGAAGUCGGAACCUUUUCGUUUACACAUGACUCCGUCACCUGACCUCGGUCAGUCCAGUCCUAGAAUGCACCCUAAGUUGCUCGAGAGAGCUCCGGAACAGUUGGCACCUCUCACAACUGCAGAAACAUUCAACAAAGAGAAUGGUCACACCUACGUGAAAGAGGAGUCUCGCCUGUUGGAAGAGGCCUUUGUGCCCCAGACAUUGAAGUUGACAGAUUUGGAUUUCAGAGAAGCUUCCGGCACAAAGAGGGAACUGAGCCAACAGGGGGCUCCUGCUUAUCCACCACUGAGUGGAGAAUCCUCCAAGCCAGUUACAUCCAUUACCUUUUCAUCACGCAAACGCAGCUCUCCUCUUUCCCUUUCCUCCAGUUCCGAAAGGACGUGUCGUGCAGAAACUUCUCCCGCUGUGCGGCCACGCAGCCAUGAUGGGUCUGAUCCCAACAAACUGAUCCUCAGUGCACCAGCUAAGUCUCUUUCUGUAUCAGACACACCUGUAGUGGCUCCUCAGGAUACUCCGGCCUCCCAUCUGGCUACUGAAUACCGACAUUGGCAACACAGUCCCACUCCUGAUUCAUCCGAAUGCAGCCUUCAUGCUCACAACAGUUUUGCACUAUGUAACCUGACUUGCACUGAUAAUGAGGGCAGCAUUACCUCUCUGGCACCACAAAUCACUCCUUAUAGCCACCCUGACUUCCAUGAAGAUGUUCCUCUAACCGUUGGCUUAGAUCAGAGCUUCCAUUCAGAACACAGUUCAUAUCGCACAGAGCCCUGUAUGCCAGCCAGCCACCCUGCUGCUGCUGCUUCUCCAGCUAGAAAAGCCAUAUCGUGUGUUCAUGUUCAAAUCUCCCCCAAACAGGAGGACUCCAAGAAACUCGACUUUGACCCAAAGCUCCUGAGUGGCUCUGCAUGUGUUAAUAAUGUGGCCAAGCUGCAGGAACCUGAUCUGUCCCCAUCACGUGCUGCAAACUUGCCAGGGAAGGAGGGGGCAUUAAUAAAACAAGAUCUUGCUGAUGAAAAACUGACAUUAUCUUCCCUCCAUUUGCACACAAAUCCAAGUGACAGUGGCAUUCGCCCACCUGUGAGUUCCCUAUCUACGCCAGAGAGUGCAGCAUCUGUGGUGCUCGGCCGCAUUCCCUUACAUGAUGCAACGACACAGAUAACCACGGAGAGCACAGCCAAAACAACCUUCUCUGCUGAGAUAUUUAUUGACAGUAGAGAAAAGGAUAUAAUAUCCAGGUCUCCAGAUGUAACAGCCAACACCACUCCAGAGAGGCAGCCUUUAUACCAUGCCCGACUCUCCCCAGCCACUGAUCAACCUUUGCUCGUGCCAUACAGACCUCAUGGGAGCCCUGAGUUGUUCUAUGUUCCCUACACUGAUGGGUUAUCCAGGAUCUCUCCUGUCAGUACCAUAGAGAGCUCCCACACAGGCUCCAAUGAUGCAGUUUCACCCAAAUUUCCAGUGGAAGUGCUGGGCUCUGGCAUGGAUAGCCUAUCCGAUUCGGCACUGGUCCGGCAUAAAGAAGGCAUAUACAGCAAAGGCUCCAGCCCCAAGCUGGCCUGGGAAGCAAGCACAGCACCACAUAAAGGAAAUGCCUCAGUUCUCCCAGCCUUAAAGUCACUGGGAGUAGCCCACUGCCUGGAAAGGUCUCUCCAACUUCACUUGGUGGCAGGUCUGUCACCAAUGGAAGAAACGAGUCUGGAUGAUCUAUGGGCUCGUUAUACAAAUAGGAAAAAGCUUCAGCAGUCGGAAUCCAAGAGCAAUCAUGAGCUUUCACUGGUGGAGAGGCUAGAUCGCCUAGCCAGGCUCCUUCACAAUUCCUCUUCCCACUCACCACUCUCGGCAAAGGACGAACCACUUGCUGACCUAGAGCAAAGCAAGAACCAUGUGAAAGAGAGAAGCUGGGAGGGCAGUGGCAAUAAAGGAGAAAGAUGGUAUGACAAGAAGCUCUCAGGAACAGGCCUUCAUGUAGGGGGCAGAUAUUCGCUAGAUGAGAUAGACAUUACUAGUCAUGCUGAUGAGAGCUCUGUAGGCUCAGACUUGUACCCACUGCUCCAAAGCGCCAAAUCAGACAGCGCCCCCUCUGAAACAGGAACGGCUACACAAACAGGCAGCGAGGUGACUACACAGACAUCAGAAUCCAGCUCCACUCUAAAGACGGUAUCCAGCUCUGUUUCUACCAUAGACACCAUACGCCUUAUUAACGCCUUCGGUCCUGAAAGGGUCUGUCCAUCGUCCCGGCUCUCCCGCUUGUACAGCGCCAUCGACCUUCAGAAGAGACGCUCGGAAGAAAGCACAGGCAAGCCCAGCAGGAACCCUGCCGCCAGAAUAGACACGGGGGGACUUCACAGAAGCUUAAAUAAGACCCCAGAAUCCAUAUCUUCUGCCUCCACGUCUGACAGCUCUUGGCAACCAAGACCAGCCCUCAAAAGCAAAAGGAGCAACAAGUACUUAAACAAAGGUGUUCAGGCAGGGCUGAGUUGGUUUGUUCCAACUGAGGACUUGAAAUCGGACUCAAGAAAGGAGAAUAGGUCUGGCAUGAAGAAAGGCCCCAGUGUAAGUUGGUACGAGCCUCUGACCAAUACAAAGCCUUGGAGGGAACCCCUGCGAGAGAAGAACGUGGAGGAAGUCCGUGACCAGCUGCGAAUUUAA